GAGGAUACUUUUAAUAAAAAAGAAGUAUCUUCUCUUUCUGGUCUUUAUGAAGAAUUUAAGAAUAUUGUAAACCAACUAAAUGAAGAAGAUUUAAAACAAUUUAUCUCUAUUACUUUGAUCCAAGAUAUUGUAGUUUUCGAUCAAGUGAUGAUAGAUAAAAUCAAAAAUUUACUAAAG